AUGAGGAGUAACAAUACUGUUACUGAUUCUAUUUACGCAUAUUUUAAUAUUUUAUCAAAGCAUUUUUCUCAAAUAAAUUAUUAUUUUAUUUGUCCACAGAUAUUUGCAUAUUUCAGCUGGUGGGAAACAAAGGCAAUACCAGUACCAGAUCCCUCAGCAUCUAUCCCUUCCCUCACGACAACGUCUACACCUACAACUUGUGCAACAGAUUCUACAACUACAUCUGAACCGACAACAACUAGUGACAGUGAAUCCACAACGGAAGCUGUGACCACUCCUGACCCGCAGCAGACAACUGAGGAGACUACGACCACCAGCCCGGACAAUUCCCCAAAUACAACAGAUACGACCACUACACUUGAUCCAAAAGAUAAUACCACUGAAUCGACAACGACUACAAAUGAAACUACUCCAGAAACUACUAAAACUACAACUGAAGCCACCACAUGCAACCCCGAAGAAACCACUACUGCAGCUACAUCUACGACACCAGAUGCAAAUGCCACAACUGAACCUCCGAGUACCGCGGAUGCAACAGCUACUGGAAGCACAGCAACCACGCCUAACUAUAGUGAUACAACAACCGAAACCUCAGUAAAUACAACAGACUCAACCACAAACAAACCUGAAGACACCUCUACUGAAGCCACGGCAACUUCGACUGAGUCAGGUACUACGACCGGUGCUACACCUUGUUCAUCUGAUGCUACGGAUACCACAACAGUUGCAAGCGCUACCACGACUGGUACAACUCCAAGUUCUUCUAAUGUUACAGACACUACAUUGUCCAGCGCUACCACAACGGAGUCUUCUACUGACUCCAGUGCUACACCGUGUUCGUCCGAUACUACAACAGAUUCUACGGUCACGACGACUAGUGCUUCUCCAUGUGACAUUAUUGAAACCACCACUGACUCUAGUGCAACUACGACUAGUACUACGCCGUGUUCAUCUGACGCUGUGGAGACAACUACUGAAGCUAGUCCAAACAUUACUAGUUCCCCACCGUCUGCAACUGACCCUACGGAGCCAACUACUGAUUCUAACGCAAGCACAACUAGUGCUACGCCGUGUUCAAAUGACACUACAGAGACCACACCUGAAUCAAGCUUGACUACUACAAAUGCUGCGCCGCGUCUGACUGACACAGCCGAGACCACAACUGACUCCAGCGCUACCACAACUAGUGCUACGUCAUGUUCGUCUGAUGCUUCAAAGACCACGACAGAUUCUAUUGCUACCACGAUAAGUGCUGCACCGUGUGUGACUGACACCAAGGAGACUACAACAGACUCCAGUGCGACCACAGCUACUGCAACAUCUAGUGAGUAUGAUGCCACCGAGAAGACUACCGAAAGUGGUGUGACAACUACUGAUGCUACGCCGUGCUUAUCUAACGCUACGCAAACCACAACUACCUCCACCGCGAGAACCACUGAUGCUACGCCGUGCUCGUCUGACGCUACGGAAACUACAACUGACUCCUCCGCUAUCACUACUGAUGCUACGCCGUGCGCGUCUGACGCUACGGAAACUACAACUGACUCCUCCGCUAUCACUACUGAUGCUACGCCGUACGCGUCUGACGCUACGGAAACUACAACUGACUCCUCUGCUAUCACUACUGAUGCUACGCCGUGCGCGUCUGACGCUACGGAAACUACAACUGACUCCUCCGCUACCACUACUGAUGCUACGCCGUGCGUGUCUGACGCUACGGAAACUACAACUGACUCCUCCGCUAUCACUACUGAUGCUACGCCGUGCGCGUCUGACGCUACGGAAACUACAACUGACUCCUCUGCUAUCACUACUGAUGCUACGCCGUGCGCGUCUGACGCUACGGAAACUGCAACUGACUCCUCCGCUACCCCUACUGAUGCUACGCCGUGCGCGUCUGACGCUACGGAAACUACGACUGACUCCUCUGCUAUCACUACUGAUGCUACGCCGUGCGCGUCUGACGCUACGGAAACUACAACUGACUCCUCUGCUAUCACUACUGAUGCUACGCCGUGCGCGUCUGACGCUACGGAAACUGCAACUGACUCCUCCGCUACCACUACUGAUGCUACGCCGUGCGCGUCUGCCGCUACGGAAGCAGAAAGUGACUCCACUACUGAUGCUACGCCCCGUGCUUCGAAUGGUGACACCAGGUCUGCGACAUCAUACUAUAGACCAGUAGGGAACAGAGGAAAUAAAUUGAAUCAUAUUUUAUCAAAACCCGUCAAAAGUUUAGUCAAAAAACUUAGACCGAUUUUAGUAUUUCUGAAGCACCUCAGUAGUCUACUUCUAUUAUUCUGCGUUCAGUCGUCACCCAUAGAAGUCAAAAUGAAGAGCUACACUUUAAUAUUACUGGUAUUGAGCUGCCUGCUAGUGUUCCCGAGCGACCAGUCAGCGCUGCCGGACGCGUCACCCUGCUUUCUAGGACCAGCAUUCUACCCCAGACACCGCGAACGUCACCGCUCCACCACCACCCCCAGCACCACCACCAGCAGCACCAGCAGCACCAGCAGCACCACUACCAGCACUACUACCAGCACUACCAGCUCUCCGCAGCGCCGGCGCUGGCGGCGACGCUGGUUCAAUCCCUUCUACUGGUGGUGGUUGUAACUGGGACCCUACUCCACAUGUAGUUAUACCAUGUACACAUAAGAUUUGAAUAUUUUGUAUUUAAAUAUAAUUAUUUUUCUGUCUA